UUGCUGCUUUGGCAUCUAUUUUUACGCUGGCGUAUCGUUAAAGAGGCCGGACAGAACAACUGGCGUCUGGCUGAUCGCAUAAGGGGGAUUUGCGCCAAGAUGGAAACCGGCGGUCUCCUCAGUUGCGCAUAAAUCGCUUGACGGUGUGGAGAAGGUGGAAAAUAAUUAGGAAUAUUAUUUGGAAGAAGGACUUGACUAUGCAUUGUUGAGAUAUGUCAGUGGCAUUAUGUUGUCGUCUGUCGAAGAGCUCAAGAAUUGGGUGGGUGCAACAACCUUUGAGGGUCUUAGUCCAGCAACCGCUGUUUGGCCAUUGUAGAAGCCCACAUCUUAGAAUCACCAAUCCCAAGAUGGUGGGCCAAACACCUUCAAUCGAAUAUCAUAGCCUUCCACCUCCAAAAGGUCUGUAUCAUCCCCAGUACGAGAAAGAGGCCUGUGGUGUCGGUUUCAUCGUCAACAUAAACGGCAUUGCUUCGCACAAGCUUAUAGCUGAUGCAGCCACCAUUUCUAAACGCAUGGAACAUCGCGGAGCCUGUGCCUGUGACAACAGCACCGGAGAUGGGGCAGGAGUCAUGGCUGCCAUACCCCAUUCUUUCUAUGCCCAGGUGCUCAAAGAAGAACUGGGUGUAACUCUUCCUCCCAAAGGCCAGUACGCGACAGGCAUCAUUUUUAUGGACAAAUCAACCUCCAGUGCAGCUGAAAAGCACUUCGAGCAAUUAGCCAAAGAGCUUCACUUGGAGGUUCUUUGCUGGAGAGACGUACCAGUCAACAGCUCAAUUCUCGGAAUUGUAGCCAAAACCAAUGAACCCCUUAUGAGGCAAGUCUUCGUCGUCGCACCGCAAAUGGAUCAAGACACAUUCCGCAGAGAAGUUUUUGUUUUACGAAAAUAUGCUACACAUAAAAUUCCUACAGAGGAUCUUCGCUUUUACAUAUGCAAUUUAUCACCAAGCACUAUUGUAUAUAAAGGUCAGCUAACAUCAACUCAAUUAUGGAAUUAUUUUGCUGACCUGCAGAACUCGGCAUUUAAAACUCACUUGGCAUUAGUCCAUGCUCGAUUUUCAACAAAUACUUUUCCCAGUUGGGAAAGAGCUCAUCCUAUGAGAAUACUAGCUCAUAAUGGUGAAAUUAAUACCUUGAGAGGAAAUAUUAAUCUGAUGCGAGCCAGAGAAGGUGUUAUGGAAAGUCACCUAUUCAAGGAAGAGCUCCAUAAACUCUACCCUGUUGUGGAACCUAACUUAUCUGACUCUGGUUGUGCUGAUAAUGUUCUCGAGUUUCUGGUUAUGGCUGGUCAAAGAUCUUUACCAGAAGCUGUUAUGACAAUGGUUCCAGAAGCUUGGCAAGAUGAUGAUCUUAUGCAUCCAGAUAAAAGAGCAUUUUAUAGAUGGAGUGGUUGUGUAAUGGAACCAUGGGAUGGACCAGCUUUAUUGACAUUCACCGAUGGCAGUCUUAUUGGUGCUAUAUUAGACAGAAAUGGCCUAAGGCCAUCAAGAUAUUACUUAACUCGUGAUAACCAUAUGAUCAUGGCCAGUGAAGUAGGAGUCUUGGACCUGGAAGCUCAAAACAUAGCUCAAAAGGGACGUUUGAGACCUGGUCGUAUGUUGUUGGUUGACACAGAAAAACAAACUUUUAUCAAAGAUGAAGAAUUAAAAUUGCAAAUUGCUAGACAGCGACCUUUGGAAAAAUGGUUAAAUGAAAUGUUUACUUUGGAGGAUCUUCAUACUGCUGGGUUUGCUGCAGGUCAUCAUAGUGCUCAUCCUAAACUUGACCAAAGCAAACGAACUACAAGUCAAGCGGUCGAAGACAGACGCUUAGCACUUUUUGCUUAUACAAUUGAAACCAUAAACAUGCUUAUUGUACCAAUGGUUGACACCAAGAAAGAGGCGCUUGGUUCGAUGGGUAAUGAUGCACCUUUAGCCUGCCUUUCACAAUAUCAACCACUCAUUUAUGAUUAUUUCAAACAGCUUUUUGCGCAGGUUACCAAUCCACCUAUUGAUCCUUUCAGAGAAAGGAUUGUCAUGUCAUUGGCUUGUCCAAUUGGUCCAGCAGCCAAUAUUUUGGAACCUAGCGCUCAGCAGUGCUGCCGCUUAUACCUAGAACAGCCUAUUUUAUCACUUAAAGAUAUGGAGGCUCUUAAGGCUACUACUUACAGAGGCUGGAAAACUAAAGUAAUUGACAUAGUUUAUCCAGUCCACGAAGCUGCUGAUGGCUUAUUACCAGCUCUCAAGAAGAUUCGUGAAGAAGCUUGCAGUGCAGCAGAAAAUGGAUAUUCUCUUGUAAUACUGUCCGACAGAAAGGCUGGCCGUGAUUAUAUACCUGUCAGCGGUUUACUGGCUUUGGGUGCUACUCAUCAUUAUUUGAUCAAUAAACUACAGAGAAUGAAAGUGGGUCUAAUAUUGGAAACUGGUGAAGCGAGGGAAGUUCAUCAUAUGUGUGUGCUUCUUGGUUAUGGUGCUGAUGCCAUCUGUCCAUAUUUAGUAUUUGAAAGUAUGGCAGAGCUACAAGGUGAAGGGGUUAUUAGUGAAAGUCUUACUGAAGACCAGAUAUUUAAGAAUUAUGUGGAAGCAAUGGAACGUGGUAUCGCUAAAGUCAUGGCAAAAAUGGGAAUAUCAACACUUCAGAGUUACAAAGGAGCUCAAAUAUUUGAAGCUGUUGGUUUAAGUAAUGAAGUUGUUGAUUUUUGUUUUAAGAACACAGCCUCUAGAAUUGGCGGUGUAACAUUUCGUGUUCUUGCUGAAGAAAACCUUGAGCGUUAUCGCAUCGCUUAUAGUGACAGGGACUGUGAUAAUUUAGUUCUUCGAAAUCCUGGGAACUAUCAUUGGAGAAAUGGUGGAGAGAAACACAUUAAUGACCCAGUAGCCAUUGCAAAUUUGCAAGAUGCUGCUCGAUCAAACAAUAGGAACUCCUAUGAAAAGUUUGUUGAAACUACUAUGGAAAAUGUUAGAGCUUGUACUUUACGUGGUCAAUUCGAAUUUGUUAAAUCCUCUAAUCCUGUUGAUAUAUCUGAAGUAGAGGAAGCUAAAGAAAUUGUUCGAAGAUUUGCAACUGGUGCAAUGAGUUUUGGAAGCAUAUCAUUAGAAGCUCAUAAAACAUUGGCAAUGGCCAUGAAUAGAGUUGGUGGCAAAUCAAAUACUGGUGAAGGUGGAGAGGAUCCUGAUCGAUUCAUAAUUACUGAUCCAAACAAUAAUGCCCGUUCAGCAAUUAAACAGGUUGCAUCUGGACGCUUUGGUGUUACAAUUGAAUAUUUAACGAAUGCAGAUGAGCUACAGAUCAAGAUGGCACAAGGGGCUAAACCUGGUGAAGGAGGUGAACUCCCUGGAUAUAAGGUGUCAAAAGAUAUUGCUAAAACACGACAUUCCAUCCCUGGAGUGGGUUUAAUCAGUCCUCCACCUCAUCAUGAUAUUUAUUCUAUAGAAGAUUUAGCCGAGCUUAUAUAUGACUUGAAGUGUGCCAAUCCAUCAGCCAGAAUAUCUGUGAAGCUUGUUUCUGAAGUAGGUGUUGGAGUUGUUGCUUCAGGUGUUGCCAAGGGUAAAGCUGAACAUAUCACCAUAUCUGGACAUGAUGGUGGUACUGGUGCCAGUAGUUGGACUGGAAUAAAAGGUGCUGGAUUACCUUGGGAACUUGGAAUAGCUGAGACUCACCAAACACUUGUGCAAAAUGAUUUAAGAUCCAGAAUAGUGUUACAAGCUGAUGGACAGAUUCGAACAGGAUUCGACGUAGUGGUUGCUGCCAUUCUUGGAGCCGAUGAGUUUGGCUUUUCUACAGCGCCUUUGAUAGUCCUUGGAUGCACAAUGAUGCGGAAGUGCCAUUUGAAUACCUGCCCUGUCGGCAUUGCCACUCAGGACCCUGAACUGCGGAAGAAAUUUGAAGGAAAACCAGAACAUGUGAUUAAUUACCUUUUCAUGCUGGCUGAAGAUGUACGUCAUCAUAUGGCAUCACUGGGUGUUAGAAAAUUCCAAGAUUUGAUUGGGCGAACUGACUUCUUGAAAGUAGCUUAUAAUAAAACUAAUCCCAAAGCUCAGAUGUUGGAUUAUUCGGCUAUGCUUUUAGAUGCUCUAUCUCUGAGACCUGGCACGUGCAUUAUUGGAGGAAGUCUGAAGCAAGAUUUUGCUCUUGAAAAUAGGAUUGACAAUCUACUGAUCAAACAAGCAACUGAUGUUAUUGAAAGAAAAAGAAAAGAUGUCACAAUUCACAUGGACAUUACUAAUGUAGACAGAGCUUUCGGUUCUACUCUUAGUUACCACAUUACAAAGAAAUAUGGCAGUCAAGGCUUGCCACCUAAUAGCAUAAAAAUCAAGUUAGAGGGUUCAGCUGGCCAAAGUUUUUGUGCAUUUUUGGCUCCUGGAAUUCAUGUUGAAUUGGAAGGGGAUGCUAAUGACUAUGUCGGAAAGGGCUUAUCUGGUGGAACUGUUGUAGUUUAUCCAUCUUCUCGUCUACCUCAAGAUUUUAAAUCGGAGGAGAAUAUUAUUGUUGGAAAUGUCUGUUUAUAUGGUGCUACAUCAGGAAAAGCAUUCUUUAGAGGAAUUGCUGCCGAACGAUUUUGUGUCAGAAAUUCUGGUGCUAUUGCUGUUAUUGAGGGGGUUGGCGAUCAUGGUUGUGAGUAUAUGACUGGUGGUUACUGCUUUAUUCUUGGACCAACUGGUAGAAAUUUUGCUGCUGGAAUGUCAGGAGGCAUUGCAUAUGUUUUAGACGAGAAGAAAACACUUGCAUCUCGUAGCAAUUUGAUGAUGGUUGACCUUCUCCCUCUUGAGCUUUCUGAAGAUCUUAGUUUUGUAGAGAGUAUACUGAAAGAAUUUUAUGAAAAAACUGGCUCGGCUGUAGCUCAACGCAUAUUAGCUGGUUGGCCAUCUUCUGCUAAGUCGUUUGUAAAGGUGUUCCCUAAAGAAUAUCAACGUGCCUUACGCCAAACAGCUGAAGAAGAAAAAGCACAUUUAACAAAUGGCCCAACACCUGUUGUUUCAAAGCCUACUCCUGCUAUCAAGGACAUUGAAGAUGUUAUUCCUGAAAAUUUGGACAAAAUCAGAGGUUUUAUGAAGUAUCCACGCAAGACCAAUCCUUAUAGGGAUCCUAAGGAGCGUCAGAAAGAUUGGAAUGAAAUUUACGACUUUCCUGGUAUUAGAAAAACGAUAAAAACACAAGCAGCCAGAUGUAUGGAAUGUGGGGUACCUUUCUGCCAAUCUAGUCAUGGGUGUCCUCUUGGAAAUAUAAUUCCUAAAUGGAAUGAUUUAGUAUUCAAGGAAGACUGGAGAGAAGCUCUUAAUCAACUUCUACAAACCAACAAUUUUCCAGAGUUCACUGGCCGUGUAUGCCCUGCUCCAUGUGAGGGUGCAUGUGUCUUGGGCAUUAAUGAACCACCUGUAAAUAUAAAACAUAUUGAAUGUGCCAUAAUUGAUAAUGCUUUUGAAAAAGGUUGGAUGAUUCCUCAGAUACCAUCUGUGAGAACUGGAAAGAAAAUUGCCAUAGUUGGUAGUGGGCCAGCAGGAUUGGCAGCAGCUGCACAGUUAAACAAAGCUGGCCAUACUGUAAAUGUGUAUGAACGUAAUGAUAGAGUCGGUGGUCUACUGGAAUAUGGAAUUCCUACAAUGAAGCUAAGUAAAGAGAUUGUGAAGAGGCGAGUGGAUCUUCUAACAGAGGAGGGAAUAACAUUCCAUACUAAUGUCAAUGUUGGUAAAGAUAUUUCUGCAAAAACACUUAUAGAGGAAAAUGAUGCUGUUUUACUUACUGUUGGUGCUACUUGGCCUCGAGAUCUCCCAAUUCCUGGACGUGACCUGAAUGGUAUUCAUUUUGCUAUGACUUUCUUGGAGACAUGGCAGAAACACCAACUUGGAAAUAAACUUGAUUACAACCGUGUGAAUGCCAAGGGCAAAGAUGUUGUUGUUAUUGGAGGAGGAGAUACUGGCAAUGAUUGCAUUGGAACAUCUUUGCGACAAGGUGCCAAAAGCAUUACAAGCUUUGAGAUUCUGCCCGAACCUCCUGAAAGUCGAGCUCCAGAUAACCCUUGGCCUCAGUGGCCUAAAAUAUUUAGGGUUGAUUAUGGCCAUGAAGAAGUGAAAGUGAAGUUUGGAGAUGACCCUAGGAAUUUUGGAAUUCUCAGUGAGAAAUUCCUUGAUGAUGGCAAUGGUAAUGUUGCUGGUAUCAGUACUGUGCAAGUUGAAUGGAAGAAAGAUGCUUCUGGAAAUUGGAAGAUGGAAAAAAUACCUGGAACUGAAAAGGUUUUCAAGGCUGAUUUGGUGAUGCUUGCUAUGGGCUUCCUUGGUCCAGAGCAAAACUUAUUGGAAGACAUUGGAGUACAGCAGGAUCCAAGAAAGAAUGUUGCUACCCCACAAGGAAAUUAUCGUACAUCCCUACCAAAAGUUUAUGCUGCAGGAGAUUGCCGCCGUGGACAGUCUCUUGUUGUCCAUGCCAUUUCCGAAGGACGACAGGCUGCUCGCCAGAUUGACGCUGACCUCAUGAAAUGUUCCUCUCUAGCUGGCCCUGGAGGGGUCAUUCCUUUUGUCACUCAGCUGACGGUAGACACUGUAGCUGCUUAAACUCUGAAUAUUGUUGGAGAUUUAGUUAGUGUAAUGCAUACCAGACAUUUGUAUCUAAUCUCUUGUAUCUAGCCACAAACGAAAAAAUAUAAAUGAAAACUUUUUAAUAGUUAUUUGGAAAUGCUGGAUGUUUGCAUUAGAUGAGCAGAAAAUGAAAAGAUAAUCCAUCAUUGUUGUACAUUUAUUGGUUAUCAUAACAUAUUUAACAAUAUAUAUGUGGAGAUGAAAGAUUAUGUAAAGAAUACCUAGAUUAUAUUAAAGGCUUGACAUUGGCAGGAAGUGUAUUUCGUGUAUAUGUAUAUAUUUUGAAUAUUUGCUGUCCAGUUUUUCAAAUAGAUUUAUAUAGUACUUCUGUCAUUAAAAAAAGGUCACUUGUGUCUGUAGAUGUCAUAUUUCUUGUAGCAUCAAAUACAGAAGCAAGACUGAAGCAAAUGUGAAUUUUUGAUCUCUUUCUGGGCUUUUCUCUGAUAUCUUUGUCCAUCUCUUCAAAUUCUUACAUGCACACUCGCACUCUACCUUGAAUGGAUAUCUUGAUGGAAGGUGCAUUUUAAUCCCUUUGUUUUAAAUGUAACGACAAAGAUGUUGAGAAAAUAUAUACUGCUCAUAUGCUUUUGCAAAUUCAUAAGUCUUCCACGCAAGUUGAUGCCGUUCAAAAAUGUUCAAUUUUGUUUUGAAAAGAAAAAAAAUCUACAUUUGCUGGAAUAUAUUAAAAUAUUUGUUUGCUAUGGAUGACUUUCAAUAGAUUUAGCUGGAUUGAUAAUUAAAAAAAUUUCAUUUUUUUUUUU